AGGCAGCUGAACUCAGCUGAGUAUAUUAUAAUUCAGCGUUGUUCCCGCUCGCCGGUUCGCGGUGCAGCCAUCCCCGCGCUCCCGGAAAAGAGUAAAAUUACUUUUUUACCAUCUCUUCUUGCUGCUCGGCUCCGAGCUCCGGCGAUUUCUAUCCCCAUUUUACCUUCCCCUCCUCUGUUAUCGCAUUCAAAACCCCAUAGCAUUUCAGUUCGUGUUUGCUUGCAUUUUUUUAGCGAUAGCUAGCAAUAUCAGAGGAGAAGGAUCGAAAAAGAGUAAUUUUAUUAGUACUCUUUAAUGGCUCAGAUUCAGGUUCAGCAUCAGAGUCCGGUGGCUCUAGGCAAUGGCGUCCCGGCAAGCCAGCUCCAGACGACGUCACUCUACGUCGGGGACCUGGACUGUAACGUGACCGAGUCUCAUCUUUUUGAUCUGUUUAACCAGGUCUGUCCGGUGAUGUCCGUAAGGGUGUGUCGGGACGUAAGCACUCGUCGAUCUCUGGGUUAUGGUUACGUCAACUACAGCAAUCCUCAUGAUGCGGAGAAAGCAAUAAGUGCAUUGAACUUUGCUCCUGUCAAUAACAGGUCAAUUAGGGUGAUGUAUUCUCAACGUGACCCUAGUUUGCGUAAGAGUGGGGCGGCUAAUUUAUUUAUUAAGAAUUUGGAUAGGUCAAUUGACAACAAAUCCUUACAUGACACCUUUUCAAGCUUUGGGAAUAUCGUUUCUUGCAAGAUAGCUACUGAUUCUAACAGUAAGUCCAAGGGCUACGGUUUUGUACAGUUUGAUAAUGAAGAAUCGGCUCAAAAUGCCAUAUGUAAGUUAAAUGGCAAGCUCAUUAAUGACAAGCAAGUCUACGUAGGACACUACCUACGUAAAGAGGAAAGAGAUGCUUCUUUGAAUAGAACCAAGUUCAACAAUGUUUUUAUUAAGAACCUAUCAGAUUCCAUAACUGAUGAGGAUGUCGUUAAAAUCUUUGGUGAAUUUGGGAAUAUUACUAGUGCUGUAGUGAUGAGGGAUUCCAAUGGAAAGUCAAAGGGUUUUGGGUUUGUAAAUUUUGAUAACGCUGAUGCUGCUGCUAAGGCUGUUGAAGCUUUGAAUGGAAAGAAAGUUGAUGAUAAGGAAUUGUUUGUUGGGAAAGCCCAAAAGAAACCAGAAAGGGAACAAGAACUUAAAAGUAAGUUUCAGCAAAGUGAAAAUGUAACAGUGGAUAAAUACCAAGGAUUGAAUUUGUAUGUCAAAAAUUUGGAUGCGAGUAUUGAUGACACCAAGCUCAAGGAUCUGUUCACUCAGUUUGGCAUGGUAACAUCAUGCAAGGUGAUGCUGGAUCCCAGUGGAGUUAGCAGAGGCUGUGGUUUUGUUGCCUUCUCGACUCAUGAUGCAGCUUCUAGAGCUCUUUCUGAGUUGAAUGGUAAACUGGUAGUCAGCAAGCCACUUUAUGUUGCUCUUGCACAGCGGAAAGAAGAGAGAAGAGCAAAUCUGCAGGCACAGUUUUCAGAGAUGAGACCACUUACGAUGGCACCAUCACUUGCUCCACGCACGCCAUUUUAUCCUCCCGGUGCACCUGGUAUUACGCGUCCACUCUUUUACGGGCAACCUCCACCGGCUCUAAUUGGUUCUCAGAUUGUUCGUGGAAUGCAACCUGGAGGAGCUUCAAUGCCAAAUUUCUGGGUUCCAAUGGUCCAGCAGGCGGGGCAGCAAGCACCCCGACCAGGUGGCAGACAUGGAGCAGUGCCUGUAGUACAACAAAACCAACAGCGAGUCCCCUUCAUGCAGCAGCAGAUGCUUCCAAGAGGAAGAGUGCACCAUUUUCCAGUUGGUGGGGGCAUGUCUCUUCCUCGUGGCAAUGCAGCAGGACAACCGGUACCAAUUACUGCACUAGCGAGUGCCCUUGCAAAUGCACCACCUGAACAGCAUAAGACGAUGUUGGGUGAGACCUUGUUCCCGCUUGUGAACCAGAUUGAGCACCAGCAUGCAGGCAAAGUGACAGGGAUGUUGCUUGAGAUGGACGAGACGGAGGUGUUGCAUCUGCUUGAAUCGCCAGAGGCUUUAGAAACCAAAGUUGCCGAGGCUGUUGAGGUUCUGAACAAUAAUACUCAGCAAGCUGAAACCCCAGCUGAGCUUCUUGCUUCACUCUCCCUUGCUUCCUGAUUUCUUUCUUCUUUCUGUGCUCGGCCCUUACGGUGUUUACAAUGGCAUUUCUUAGAUACUUCCUCACAAGAAGUAGCUUUUGAGAAAUAUUCAUCAUUGGCGACCUCUUUCUCAAUUUUAUUAUGGAGUAUUAUUUAUUAAAACUAGCUUAGGAGUAGUUUGCCAUUGUGCAAAUAUAUUAUUAGAAUGAGCAAUUUGCUUUUUGUAUUGCCCUUUUUUUCUUGUUUGAAUAGUCUAACAUAAAUUAUGCCUUGUAGU